AGACAACCAAUGUACUGUCAGUGUCACGUGCAUCGAUAUUGACACGUGCAUAAUGCAUACCUCGCGCGACGCGGCGGACUCGGCACUACUGCGAAUGCCGCAGAGAUUUGCGGGUCGCUCUAUUCAAGCAGUCAAUCGGUCCGCAACAAGGGUAUUCGCGCAUGCAAUCAACAUUCGGACGCAGCGAUGAAAUGGAGACUUACCGUGUCAACCUAUCGAUGGCCGACACACCGAUGAUCGAUGACAAGCGUGGAAUAUCCAGCGUCAUGUGGAGCUGCUUGAGUAAAGAGAUGCUGCUCGACUUUUACUUCAACGUCGACCGGAUAUUCUAUCGAAUCGGAUAUAGUAUAGCCACAAAACCAUGGGUUUGGUUGAUGAUAUCCGUGUGCCUAAAUCUUGUCUGUGGUUUCGGAUUGUUGCUCUGGAAAGAGGAGGUCGACGAAAUCGAACUUUUCAUGCCGGUCGGUUCUAUAUUUCGCAAAGAUGCCGUCUGGGUAAAGGAGCACUUCCGAGACGAUCUCAGACACGAAAGUAUCCUCGUCACUGCCACCAAUGUGCUGGAUCCUAAAGUGCUACGAUCGAUAAGAGACAUCGAAAAAGAUGUGAAGAGUAUAGUGGUGAAUAAUAAUUCCUGGGAAGAUGUGUGUGCAGGACCUUUUACAUGGUUCCAAGAAAAUGACAAAUGGGAAACGAUGAAUAAAACCGAGUUUCCCGAGGAAUAUCUACCAAUUAUAAAUAAUACAAUGAUGAAGGAACCUUGUGUCCAAAAAUCACUUCUAAAACUAUGGCAAAAAGACGGUGGAAAAGAUAUUGAUAACUUGACAAAAUUAGAGAUACUAGAGGACAUAACUGCAACUAUGCAACAUACGAAUACUAAAGAUAUACUUUCCGACAUUGCGCCGUUGCUGGCGGGCAUCGAGUACGAGGAGAAUGGACAGGUGACGAGUGCAAAAGCGACGAUUUUGUACUGGGUGCUGAAGAAGUCCAAUCCGCACUCGCCGGAAUGGGAAGUGGAAUUCAUCAAUAGGGUACUACAUUCGAAUCGUACUCUUCCGACGGGUAUGGAGAUCUAUGCGAUCACGUUACGUAGUUACGACGAUAUGUUGCACGAGGUGGUCAAUAGCAAUAUGACCGUGCUUUUCUGUGGCAUGUCGCUGAUCUCGAUCUACGUGAUCGUGAUGAUCAGUCGUUGCAACGCGAUGCAACAGCGGAUAUAUCUGUCCCUGAUGGGGAUCUGCGUGGUCGGCCAGGCUCUUCUGUCGUCCUACGGGCUGUGCUUCUACAUGGGAUUUAUGUACGGGCCGGUGCAUCCGAUCCUACCAUUCCUGCUACUCGGCAUUGGUGUCGACGACAUGUUCGUCAUUAUGCAGAGCCUCGAGACCAUGUCUGAGGCGGACAAGACUCUAGACAUUCCUGCUCGCAUCGCGAAGUCCAUUCAAGUGUCAGGUAUGUCCAUCACUGUGACAUCAUUCACUAACAUGGUGGCUUUCGCCAUUGGCAUGACGACGGUGAUGCCGUUCCUGAAAUCUUUUUGUAUGUUUGCCGCGAUGGGUAUAUUGUUCCUCUAUAUCUACGAGAUCAUGUUCUUCGUUAGUUGUCUGGUGUUCGACGAGAGGCGACUGGCAGCGAAGAGGGACGGUUGCUGCUGCCAGCCGCGUCCCAAUUGGCGACCAAACCAGUGCAGCAAGCAGAACUUCCAGCGAUUUGUCUUUGAGAAGUACAUCGGACCUUUUGUUUUAAGGACGUCAAUGAAAAGAAUCAUUCUGCUGCUUACCGCAGCCCUGCUGUGCAUCAACAUCUGGGCCAUAUUUCAGCUGCAACAGAACUUUGAUGCGCUCAUGUACUUGAAUCAGGAAUCUUACCCAAUACAGUUUAACAACAAACUGAUGAAAUACUUUCCAAGAUACGGCAAGAACGUCAAUAUAUAUCUGACGGGCGUGGAUUAUUAUGAGGAUCGCGAAGCGCUGUUUCAACUAGUGGAGAAUCUCAGACGGGACCCGUACGUCAAUAAUCACACUCUCGACCCAUGGUUCGUAGCGUAUGAGAAGUGGUUGAACAUCACUGGUAAAGCGCAAUACAUCGAGAAUAAAGACGAGUAUUACAAUAUGCUCACGGAAUAUCUAUUAUUCACGGUGAAAGGACAAUCGUACAUUCAGGAUCUGAAAUUCAGUAAAUUACCGUUUAACGACUACAACAUCACAAUUUCGCAGAUUCCAGUACAACACAUUCCUAUCAGCACAACGUCCGAUCAGAUAAGAGCUAUGCAAGCAAUCAGAGAUGCCGUGAAAUCGGUGAACUUCACUCACGGGCACGAUUACAUUGCAAUUCACUCGACAGAUUUAAUAAGAUGGGCGACAAAUAAGAUAAUUGGCGAAGAACUAAUUAGGAACUUGAGUCUGGAGAUACUGGCGGUAGGAAUGGUAACAUUGGUAUUUCUUAGGAAUCUAAUCGCGUCAUUUUGGGUGAUGUGUUGCGUAUUGUUCACACUCAUCAAUCUUUUGGGCUCCAUGUACUUUCUAGGAUUGACUGUAGAAAUUUCAUCAAGUAUUACAAUUUUAUUGUGCGCCGGAUUGGCGGUCGAUUACGCCGCGCACAUCGGAUUGGAAUUUAUACGUUCGAGCGGCAGUAAACAAGAACGAGCACUGACAACAUUCAGCGUUAUUGGACCAGCAGUAUUGAAUGGUGGUUUGAGCACAUUUCUUGCCUUUGUCCUGCUAGGCUUUAGCCGGGCUUAUCUUUUUACGACAUUCUUUAAGCUAUUUACAUCCGUAGUAUUAUUUGGUUUGUUUCACGGAUUGUUGUUUCUGCCGGUAAUAUUGAGUUUAGCGGGACCUGGCGAGAGAAAAUCAAAAAGCAAGCAAAAGAAUCAAAUUAUGUAAUAUCAGAACGGCUAUUAUAGUGUUUAUCAAAAUGGAAAAGAUAUAGAAGAUACGCUUGCUAAAUAACAUUUUAGGAACAUUUUGAAAGGCUGCUUAGGAAAAAGUAUUUUUGUAGACAAUUUUGGAGCUGAAAUUUGUAUGACUGUGGAACGAAUGCGCGUGUGUUAUAUUAUGGUUAUCAAGGUAUGUUUUUUUCUCUUUUACUACGUCUUCCCAUUACUUUAUAAGAAAAAAUUGCUAACUAAAGAUAUCUUUUGUACAAAAGAAAA